UAAAGCGUGCAACUCUAUCGCAACAAAACAGAUAUCGUGGGUUGUUUUUCCUCAUGCCCUUUGUAACAUUAUAUCUUCUCUUCGCCUACGAGUCCAGAUCUCUACAACAAAUCCAGUCAGCUGGAACCGAAACUUGACUGGAGUUUCAGUAUAUAAACUUCUACUGGAGGUACUUACUUAGAGGAAGAAUUAGACCCUGUCUCUGAAAAGACUUCUAAUUUCACAUCUAUCAUUAGACCGACCAUCCCAUCCGUCAUGAGACGACACAAUGUCAUCCGCCCCAGCCUUGCCACAAGGGCAGCGCCCCAGCCACUACACAGAAACGUCAUCGUAGGCACCAACAGAUUUAACCUCAUCCGACAAAUCUACCAGUACGGAAAUGAGACACUCGCGAACGUCAACAACAACACUCCAGCUCAACCACCGAUACAAAAACCCGACCCUGCUGCUGUGCUGACCGUGGUCAGUCUAAACCUGAACAUCCCGGCCAACGCCAAGAGCCACAAGACCCACAAGUACGAUGUCUGCACGUCCGUCGUCAACCCCAAGCUGGUUGUCAGACGAGGCCAACCCUUCCAAAUAUCGGUGACCUUCUCCAAAGAGUAUGAUGAAAACAAGGAUGACCUUCAAAUUGUCUUGGAAGUUGGCGAGACUCCCAUGGAGAGUAAAGACACGCGAGUGAAGAUCAUACUCUCUCAUGAAGACAAGCCUAAGGAAUGGGGAGCAAAAAUUGCCUCACAGAAGGGCACGACCUUGAACAUUGACCUUUUCACGCCGCCUGACAGUAUCGUCGGCAAAUGGACUCUAAAGAUUGACGUGGUCAAGAAGGUAAACACAAGCGUCCAUGUCUUCAGUUACCAGCACAAGGACCCGUUCUACAUUCUCUUUAACCCCUGGUGUAAAGAUGACGCUGUAUACAUGAAAGACGAGAAACUUCUGGAAGAGUACGUGCUCAACGACACGGGGAAAAUCUACACAGGGACCAAGAACACGAUAACAGGCAAGCCUUGGCAUUUCGCACAGUUUGAGCCUAACGCCCUGGACGUGGCGCUGUUCCUCCUCAACAUCUCCAUGCUCAACUGGUCAGCCAGGGGCAACCCUGUCCAGGUUGUCCGCAAGAUUUCAGCUUUGGCCAACUCUUCGGACGACGGUGGUAUUUUGACAGGCAACUGGUCAGGCGACUACAAAGAUGGCCGGUCACCUUUGUCUUGGACUGGAUCCGGAGCCAUCAUUGAUGAGUACUGGAAAACCAAGCGUCCAGUCAAGUACGGACAGUGUUGGGUUUUCUCUGGAAUAACCACAACACUUUGUCGAGCUCUGGGAAUUCCCGCAAGAAGUGUGACGAACUUUUCUUCAGCCCAUGACGCUGAUGGCUCCAUCACGAUAGAUUAUCAUUUCACAGCAAACGGUGAGAGCGAUGCAGACAAGGACUGUGACUCGAUCUGGAACUUUCACGUGUGGAAUGAGGUGUGGAUGAGCAGGCCUGACCUGACUGGAAACUAUGGCGGCUGGCAGGUGAUUGAUGCCACGCCCCAAGAACUCUCCAACGAAACCUACUGCUGUGGACCCACCUCCGUGGCCGCCAUCAAGUGUGGAGAGGUUGGCCUGCAGUACGACGGCCCAUUCGUCUUCGCUGAGGUAAACGCCGACAAAGUCUACUGGACGCCCAAUGCUAAUGGCGACUUGGAAGUAGCGUACAUAGAUAAGAAAACUGUUGGACAAAAGAUUAGCACAAAGGCCGCCAACAAAGAUGAAAGAGAAGACUUAACAAAAGAUUACAAGCCGGAUGAAGACACCUGUGCCGAAAGAGUGGCCGUCCUUAGGGCUAACGAGACAGGCUCCAAGAGGAAAGACAUCUACAAGCAGCGAGACAGGGACAUUGACUUCAACGUUGACCAGAACGAAGAGGCGACAUUUGUUGGAGGAGACUUCGAGUUGUCCCUCCGUAUGAAGAACAGAGGCGCCGCCCCGCGGUCAGCGAGUGGCCGAAUUGACGUCAGGACCAUGUUCUACACGGGCGUGGUCGCUGAACUGGUCAAGUCUGAGACUUUCCAGCUCACGGGAAUCAAACCAGGGGAAGAAAAUGUGUUCAGGGUUGUGGCCACUGAAGCGGAUUACGACGGCAAGUUGAAGGACGGCUGCAUGCUGGACGUCACCAUCUGGGCUUACGUCGAGGAGACGGACCAGUAUUUCACCAAGAAAACAGACUUCAGACUCCGCAAACCUCACCUGACUAUCAAGGCUCCAUCUGAUGCCACUGUCGGUCAAGAGUUCAAGGUCGAAGUCUCGUUUAGAAACCCACUCAGCCGUGACCUGACCAAAUGUUUUGUUGCGGUGGAUGGGGUGACCCAUUCUUUGAACUUCCCGCAGCCAAAUGUGGCUGGCCACUCGACUUUCUUGGCUACACUUCCGGUGACCCCAACCAAAGCGGGUCAAUCCGACUUGAUCGCCAUCUUUAACUCGAACGAACUGGACGACAUCAACGGUGCUCAACCAAUCAAUGUCAAGACAGCUUGAACCAAGGUCAACUCAAGGUCAACGUGUACAGCAUUUCAUUUAGAAAUUCGAAAUAAAAUCUUAAUUCACUAUUAUUUGAAAAACUAACAUUUAUGUGAACUUAGAACUAUCUUUAUAAU